AUGGAAGGAAAGACAGGAAAGACGCCGCAACGUGCGGUUGACAUGUUCUGGAAGAGCUUCCAUACGAAAGCUCCCGGCAAAGCAAUCACCGUAAUUCCAAGCGGGAAGUGCGGGAAGAGCAAACAGGCAUCCACGCCAGCGCCAAGCCCUACACAGAACGCCGAGGCAUCCUACGAAGCCGCCGCCGCCAACUGCCGGGCAAAGGUGGCCAAAAUCGUCCAGGAUUGCCGUCGCGUGAACCUCAAGUACCGCGAUCCGCACUUUAAUAUUGAGUUUGACCUAAAGUUCGGUCAGCGCGACUGCCUCGAGUCGCUGGAUAAUGCGGCGACGGAACCCGAGACAGACGAAGAGUCGAAGGACGAGGACGAGGACGAGGCGCAGUCAGGCCCGCCCGGGCAUCAAUUCAGUCCCCGAAGCGCUAAGCGCGUCACGGAGAUCUUCACCCGCCCGCAAUUCUACAUCAAGGGCCCGACGGCCGACGAUGUCAAGCAAGGACGUGACGGCGACUGCUGGCUCAUGGCGGCGCUGUGCGCGCUGAGCUUCAAGAAGGGGCUGAUUGAGAAGCUUUGCGUGGCGCAUGACCAGGAUAUCGGCGUGUACGGCUUCGUCUUUUAUCGAGACGGGGAAUGGAUUUCGGAGAUUAUUGACGAUUUCCUUUACUUGACCAAAGCAAACUACGACGAUUUUCAGAUGGAUCGCCUCACAUUUGAUGAGCUGGAAUACAGAAACCCGCAAGAAGCCUACAAAUGGAUGUUCCAAACCAACAGUAACUCGCUGUACUUUGCGAAGUGUGGUCAUCCGCAAGAGACGUGGCUGCCACUACUGGAAAAGUGUUACGCGAAAGCCCACGGCGACUAUGCUGCUAUCGAAGGUGGAUGGACUGGCGAAGGCAUCGAGGAUCUCACAGGCGGUGAGCACUUUUGGAAACAGCUGCUGCAAGCAAACAACGAGUUUCUUUUUGGCUGCAUGACUGGUGUCUUUGGCAGUGGAUUCGGAGAUCAAAAGGGUAUCAUCGAGGGACAUGCAUACUCCAUUCAGCGAGUCGUGGAGAUUGAAGACAAGCGCCUCAUCUUGCUGCGUAACCCUUGGGGCAAGGGCGAGUGGAGAGGUGCUUGGGCGGACGGCUCCAAGGAAUGGAGCCCCGAAUGGAUGCGGAAGCUUGGUCACAAGUUUGGCGAGGAUGGUGAGUUUUGGAUCUGUUAUGAAGAUCUGCUGCGUCACUUCCAGAUCUUUGAGCGCGUCCGUCUGUUUGGCCCUGAAUGGAAUGUCUCCCAGAUCUGGACGACUCUGCACGUUCCUUGGGUUGAAGAGUACAACGAGACGUACUUUACCUUUACCACAACGCAGUCAGGGCCAGUCGUGAUUGUUUUAUCACAGCUCAACGACCGUUACUUUCGAGGUCUCGAGGGCCAGUACACGUUCCAGCUUUCCUUUCGCGUGCACAAAGCUGGCUAUGAAGGCUACCUUGUACGCAGCGAGCCAGACCUCCGCUUCCUUCGCUCGGUCAACGUGGAGCUGGAGCUCGAUGCCGGCGCAUACGAGGUGUACGUCAAGAUCAAGGCGUGGCGGAACGAUGAUAAGCUUCCAGUUCAGGCAACCAUUCGCAAGUGGGCCAAGACGAAGCGCGACAAAGUCAGCCGUAUCGGCAAGUCGUACGACUUGGCGCACAGCCGGGGCCGUAUUGUCGAGACUAAAGAGGAGAAGAAGAUACGCGAGGCGUAUGAGGAGAAGCGAAUGCAAAAGAAGCGCGCUGCUGUUAAAGAGGAGUUGCGAAAAAAGAACAAGGAUGCGUAUUAUCAGAAGAAGAAGCAGCACGAGAGAGCUCAGGCCCGGGCGGCCAAGAAGAGGGAAAAAUUGAAGACGAAGAAGGCGGAAAAGGCCAAGGCUAGCAAGGAGAGAAAGGCAGCAAAGGAGGCAGCGAAGGAGGCAGCUGCCAAGGAGCUGACAGAGAAGAAGACCGAGGCUAAUGAAGAUGGGCGAAAGGACGAGACUUCUGUGUCGAGUGGUGCUGAGCCCGCGAAGCCAAAGGAGGCUGAAGAUGUGAAAGCUGAAUCGGGAAGCCCCGGAGUGAAGAAUGAGAGCAAGGCUGGGGCCAAGGAUGAGGCUACAACCGAGUCCAAGGCACCAACUAGUGAGAAGCCUCACACAGAGUCCCAGAAAACGACUGGGAAUCAGAAUACCGAUGAAAAUAAGGAGGCAAAACCAAAGGGAGCAGAUCAGGUUGGAGAACAAGAGGAUUUUGAAGCGUCUGAAUCUGACUCGAACGACGAGAGUCUAGCCUCCUUUACGGACUACUCCGAUGGCGAAUUCGACAUCCAAAUCGACGCUAUGCGGCGUGACGAUCCGAAAUUAUUUGAAAGCUCCGCAGAAGAGGCCGACAGCGACGAAGAAAACGGCCUCUUUGCCAAGGACCCGUGGAACGCCGUCGCCGUCGUCGGCCUCCGCGUGUACCACAAGGCAGCUGCCGCCGGCGCCGCCUCGGACGCCGCGACAGUGACGCUCGGCGUGGUGCGGCCGAAUCCUUAUGUGGACGACUCGGAUGCGAUUGAGGAUGAGCAAGGCGGCGGCGGCGGCGCCGGCGAGAGGAAAGUGAAAGGAAGCGUGCUGGACGUGGAUGAUUCGGCGGUGGAUGCGACGCUGGCAGGGGAGGUCAAGGAUAAGCAGGACGUGAUUAUGGGGGUGAAGAAGACGCCGGCGUAA